GCCCCGCGCCGCCCACCGCCGCCGCUGCGCCCUUCGCCGCCCGCAGCUCCCCGCAGCCUGCCCCGAUGCUCUGAGCCCGCGCGGCCCCAGACCCGGCCCCUUCCCGGCUGCGCCGCCAUCUCCCCGCGCCCCGUGGAGGCCAUUGGAGCCGUCCGCCCCGCAUCUAAGGAGCCGGCAGGAGGAGAAGCCAGCCCCGCCGCCAUGGACAGCCCCGGCGGCGUCACCGACAAGAAGAGAAUUAGCUCGGAACGCAGAAAAGAGAAGUCAAGAGAUGCAGCCCGGUGCAGGAGGAGCAAGGAAUCUGAAGUAUUCUAUGAGCUGGCUCAUCAGCUGCCACUGCCCCACACCGUGAGUGCACACCUGGACAAGGCAUCCAUCAUGAGACUGACCAUCAGCUACUUACGCAUGAGAAAGCUGCUGGAUGCUGGUGAGCUGGAGACAGAAGCCAAGAUGGAGAAAGAACUGAACUGUUUCUACUUGAAAGCUCUGGAUGGAUUUGUCAUGGUUCUGUCUGAAGAUGGGGACAUGAUUUACAUGUCUGAAAACGUGAACAAGUGUAUGGGACUCACUCAGUUUGAGUUGACAGGGCACAGUGUAUUUGAUUUUGCUCAUCCAUGUGACCAUGAAGAGCUGAGAGAAAUGCUUACACACAGAAAUGGUCCUGUGAAAAAGGGCAAGGAGCAAAACACGGAGCGCAGCUUUUUUCUCAGAAUGAAGUGUACACUGACGAGCAGGGGAAGAACAGUGAAUAUAAAGUCUGCUACGUGGAAGGUACUUCACUGCACUGGACACAUUCGUGUAUAUGAUACGUGUGGUAAUCAAACUCACUGUGGCUAUAAAAAGCCUCCCAUGACAUGUCUGGUGCUGAUCUGUGAACCUAUUCCUCAUCCAUCAAACAUUGAGGUCCCCUUGGACAGUAAAACCUUCCUCAGUCGUCACAGUCUUGAUAUGAAAUUUUCCUAUUGUGAUGAAAGAAUUACAGAGUUGAUGGGGUAUGAGCCAGAGGAACUCUUGGGUCGUUCAAUCUAUGAAUACUAUCAUGCACUGGAUUCUGAUCAUCUGACCAAGACACACCAUGACAUGUUCACAAAAGGGCAGGUGACAACAGGACAGUACAGAAUGCUUGCUAAACAAGGUGGCUAUGUCUGGGUUGAAACUCAAGCAACUGUUAUAUACAACACUAAGAAUUCUCAGCCACAGUGCAUAGUGUGUGUGAACUAUGUCUUGAGUGGAAUUGUUCAGAAGGACUUGAUUUUUUCCCUUGGACAAACCGAGUGUAUGCUAAAACCAGUGGAGUCUCCUGAUAUGAAAAUGACCAAAAUAUUCAGCAAAGAUGACCUGGAUGAUACCAAGAGCCUAUUUGAAAAACUUAAGCAAGAACCAGAUGCUUUAACUGUGCUGGCCCCAGCUGCUGGAGAUACAAUUAUCUCUCUAGAUUUCAGCAGUAAUGAGACUGAUGAACAACAAUGUGAUGAAGUUCCUUUGUAUAACGAUGUAAUGCUCCCCUCAUCCAGUGAGAAAUUGCAGAAUAUAAAUAUGGCAAUGUCCCCACUACCUGCCUCUGAAACUACAAAGCCACUUCGUAGCAAUGCUGAUCCUGCACUCAAUAGAGAGGUUGUAUUAAAGCUGGAGCCAAACUCAGAGCCACUCGAACUUUCUUUUACCAUGCCUCAGGUGCAAGAGCAACCAACCAGCCCUUCUGAUGCAAGCACCAGCCAAAGUUCACCUGAGCCCAGUAGUCCCAACGACUACUGCUUUGAUGUGGAUAAUGAAAUAGCUGAAUUCAAACUGGAAUUAGUGGAGAAGCUCUUUGCAAUAGAUACAGAAGCAAAAAACCCAUUCUCUACUCAGGAAACUGAUUUAGAUUUGGAGAUGUUGGCUCCGUACAUCCCAAUGGAUGAUGAUUUCCAGUUGCGCUCCUUUGAUCAGCUGUCUCCACUGGAAAGCAAUUCUUCUGGCUCUCAAAAUGCAGCCAUUAACAUAUUUCAGCAGACUCAGACACCACCAAGUACUGCUGAGGAAAAAAAAACAGUGACAGAGCAGGUGGAUGACACGAAGACACUAAUUGCUCCUUCAUCUCCUGUCCAUGUAAUCAAUGAAACGAGUAGUGCCCCAGAGUCACCUUACAGUGGGAACAGGAGUCGAACUGCCUCUCCGAUCAGAGCAGGAAAAGGAACAUUGGAUCAGCCCGAAAAAUCCUGUCCUGGAGCACCCAGUUUGCUAACAGUUACUCUGAACAAAAGAUCUACUGCAAUGGAUGAAGAACUAAAUCCAAAGAUGCUAGCUUUGCAUAAUGCUCAGAGAAAACGAAAAAUGGAACAUGAUGGUUCACUUUUUCAGGCAGUUGGAAUUGGGACUUUAUUCCAGCAAACAGGUGACCGUGGAGGAAAUGCAUCACUUGCUUGGAAACGUGUAAAGGGAUGCAAAGCAAAUGGUCACAAUGGAGUGGAGCAAAAGACAAUCAUUCUACUAUCAACUGACAUAGCAAGUAAACUUCUAGGGCAGUCGAUGGAUGAGAGUGGAUUACCCCAACUCACGAGUUACGAUUGCGAAGUAAACGCUCCCAUACAAGGCAACAGAAACCUGCUACAGGGUGAAGAACUGCUCAGAGCUCUGGAUCAAGUUAACUGAGCUUUCACAAUCCUUGUUCCUUUUUUGGACACUGGUGAAUCAUCACCUAAAGCAGUCUAUUUAUAUUUUCUAUAUCUGAUUUUAGAAGCCUGGCUACAGUACUGCACUAAUUCAGUUAGUUCAGUUUUGAUCCCCUUUCUACUUAUUUUGACAGUCUUUUUAAUAUGUUCUUUAUGUAACAAUAACUCAAACUUAUAGUGCAUUUUUAUAAUUCUUUGGUACAUACACUUUUAAGUCCAUUACAUUUAAAACACACUUGCAAUAGCAGCUUUGAAAUAUGCACCUGAUUAAAAAAAAAAUAUUUAUUUUUUUGGCUGGGGAGUUGGUCACCAAACCUUAUCACUAGUAAAAUGCCAACACAGGAAAAACUGGCAAUACUUCCAUACUGCUCUUCAUAGGUAGCUGGAAGACUUGUGCUCUCUUACUCUUUAUGUUCAAGUAAGUUUUUUAUUUUAAUAGUUUUUAUAAGAAACAACAAUGCUUUGCAGCAGUGCAUUGUAGCCACAAUCGCACAAUAUAUUUUCUUAAAAAAUACCAGCAGUUCAUCAUGCAAUAUAUUCUGCAUUUAUAAAAACUAGUUUUUAAGAAGAAUCUUCUUUUGUUUGCCUAUGAAGUAAUGUUUAAACCUGGAUUAUGUCAUUAUUCUAGUCACGUUGUAAUAUAAAUUUUUCUUAAAUGCUGUCUUAUGCUUUUGACUUACAGGAGAGUGGUUAGUCAAAGAAAAGGCUUUAUCUGGAAAGGGCUAGCAGCAUUUUAUUUGGAUACGUUCUCAGUUUAGAGAGAGUUUGAUGUUCUUAAAGUAGUCACUUUGCCAGCUUAAAAAAAAAAAAAAAAAUCCCUGCCUGUAGUCGUUGAAGUUAAUGCUAAUAUUGUGUAUGAUCUUACAUCUAAAUGUUCAGCUUACCCUGUGUGGUAUAGGUGAUAUUUCAAGCAGAUUGUAAAACAUCUUGCAUUGUUAGCAGAGUUUUAUCUAGUACUUCAUUGAGUUGCGCAAUAUUUUGAUGUUUUGGUUUCAUGCACCUUGUUGCUAUUAACAUCCAUAUGUUUUCAUGUAGAUUUCAAUAACUUGGAUAUAUUUAGAAGUCUUUUUAUUUAGAAAUAUAUAGUUGUCACGAACAUCUUAUUUUCCUAUAUGUACUGUACAAAACCUUCAUUCACUCAUUCUUUUGCUCUUUGUGGUUGGAUCUAACACUAACUGUAUUGUUUUCUUACAUCAAUAAAAUAUAUGUGGACCAGGCCCCCUUGGGGAGUGUGUUAUCUGAGAGAAAUGAGAUAAUUUAUAUUUUUGUUAGUGGUUAUUGUUCACCCGUGUUCCCUUUUUAACUUAGAGUUGAUUGGAAAUCACCGCUUCCUUAUUUUGAUUGUAACAUCUCUGCAUUAAUUAUUUGAGCCUAUUCAGUACUGGAGUCUCCUAGACAGUGUUGUACUACUGCUCGCCAAAGAUGUUCAACUUCUAAAAAUCUGUUAUCACACCAGUUAGCAAACUUGAAAGUGAGGAGACAAUGUAUUUGUGUUACUUUAGAGUGGAAAGAUUCUUCUUUGCCAACAGGGCUUGUUUCUGGAAGCUUUAUCAAGGUAACACUGGAAAGCAGGAAAAGGAGUGAUCAAAUAGAGAUGGAUUUUUUUUUCACAAAACUGCAUGAUUAAAAAAUUAAGCUGGUAAUCUGUAGUAAAGCUUGUUCUACAUUCUUGUGCUGUUGACUCAGUAACUUUAUGUGACUUUUCUCAUUUAGCUGUCAUAAAACAUGAUGCUACUGAUACAACCUGGUAAUGUGUAAAUAUGGUCAAAAUACUCUGUGUUUGAAUUACUUUGAAAAAAACUUAGCUCAAUGUAAGAAAUCAAAUGUGGGGUGUCAAAAAAAGAGUUUUAUUUAGAAACUGGUUUCAUUGGACUCUUUUGAGUCUCCUGAAAUCAAUCUGACACACAACCUUUCUCCUAGAAUUCCUGUUACCGUUUCACUGAAAUGAGCACUUCUGAAACUGACACAACUGUAUUAAAUUAAAUUGAAACUAUUAGCUACCAGCUAACAAAAAGAUAAGGCACUGGAAGCAGAAGACAAUUGCAGACUUCUUAAAGAUUGAGUAGAAGCUGCAGAAAGAGAGGAGAAAGCACGUAGGUGGACUAAACUUUGAAGCUUUGUGAGCUUCAACAACAGGUGAGCUUCAAGGAGAUUUUGAGUAAAUACACCUGCUACUGGAUUUUAAAGGUUUCUAAUGCAGCUUUUAAGUGUACAAAGCUUAUAGGAUAAGGCAGAGCUACUGCCUAUCUGCUGCAUAGGGCCUCUUGGAUGGUAUUCUUUCCAUGACAUUUCUUUCAGUUGUCAGCAACUAAAAGGUUUAAUAAGGUUUAAUAGUGAAGUUGCUAAAGGCUUAGGUAAAGCAUCAGCUGUUAGGGUCAUCCCUUAUUCCUAGGUCUGCAUGGACUGACAUGAUGCUUCUGUGAGGAGAGUCUUGCAGUCAUGUGAAAGGUACAAGUGAGUUUUGCUUUUCUUCCUGGCCUGGCAAGCUUUUGAGGUGGCCUGGUGGAUGGUUCACCCUUUUCAUCUCCCAAGAGAAAUUCCAUACUACUUUGGCUUGAUACUGUUCUGCUACUCUCUUGAUCUUAUUUUGGAGGGGCCAAUUGUUUUGGAUUGCUCAGUUCAUCUGCAGUGUAUUUUAAUUUAAGAAGGCAGUAAAUUUUCAUAGAGAAAAAGCCAUGUUAAAAAGAGAGACUUAAGUGACUCGCAUGAUUCAUGGUUAUGAGCCCACGGGAAUCAUCUUUGCUCUUAAUGACAGCAGAUUUAAAUGAGCAAUGUUCAAUCUAAGAAUCUUCCCACCUCACAUUUGUUACCAUACAUAACAAAGCACAGCAUUUUGUUUACUGUCCUGGUAAAAGUGAAACUCACAAUUCAUGGAGUGAACCGCAGUGGCUGUAUUGGUUUACUCUAGGAAAAAAAAAAAAAAAGCAAACAACAACCCCCCCCAAACCAACAGCUCUCCUACAGACACUGACAAAAGCAUGGAAAAGUUACAGUAUUUCUUCUGGCCUUUUAAGUGCAUUGUUAAAUGCAGAUGCAAGGUACACCAUUUACCUGCUUUUUGUUUGUUUGUCUGUAUUUAGUGCUUUGUUUUUUCUUGGACUCUAGGGAUACACAGCCGGAUUCUAAACCUACUUUGGAGGACAAGUUUUUAGAACACAAGAAAUGUUUUCUUGGUGGUUUUGAAUAAUUUAUUUGCUGACUUGAUACCUUUUGAAAUGUUGAGGCACUACAUUAGAGCAUUUAUUCUUCACUGGUAGUAAAGAAACUGUAAGUAGUGUUUCCUUCUGUAUAUGAAAAGUGAUUGAUUAUGUGGAAAUAAUGAACUGAGGAGUUAUUGUGACUACAGCAGGAGUCAAGCCCUGCCUGCUUCAUCACAUAAGCACAGUUAUGAUUAUAUAUGGAUUCUAGUUGAUGUUUUAAACAAUACCGAGGGUUUUGUGAAAAGGUAAAGGAAUUUUUUAAACUAGUAACUGUGAUGAGAGUCAUGCCUUUACCUGAAAGUAGUUAAAAUAAACUACAGCUGCAGAUCCCAAGAAGUCACUUAAGUCUGCUGUCCAGUAACUUGAUCUCAGGUGUAAUAAACUGAGUACAUAUAAGUCCCUGUAGUCCAAAGUAUGUCCUUCUGACAUACCUUCCUUCCAUGCAGUGAGGUAAGCUUGGACUUUAAAACCUUUAGGUGAAAGGGAAACAAUUCACUAUUCAGUUUCCUUUCCUGUGUGUCUGUGAACACACAUUAAACUCUAAAUGACUGAAUUAGAGAAUCACAGAUUAAGGCCUGAGAGAACAAUCAAAACUUCACACCUAACACUACUAACAAUUUAAAGGCUUCCAAGCUUAUUUUGGAUGACUUGAUCACCUCUGCUUCCAUUGAAAUACAGCUGUAGGAUCAAAAAAAGUCUGACUACAGGUUAAACUACUGCAUAUAUAAUAGUAAAUUUUUCAUUGUUUUAAAACCCAUUUAAUUAAACAGUUAAAGAACUAAAGGCAGAAAUGUGGGCUGUUUCACCAGCUGGCAGAUGUUGUCCUGCCACACUGCUGAGUGAACUGUUUCUUUUGAUGAGCAGUGCUGUGGAAGUCCUGAGCACCCGACCGCUAUCACGCAGCCUGGACGUGCCCGAGCUCAGCCAUCUGCUCCCUUCCCCUCCACCCAGCUGCUGCUGAACACCUCACACAUCUCACUCAAAAGUCAUGGCCCUUGAUGCACAUUACAGGUUUCACAGUACUUUUUGUAGGAAGAUCAUUCUCAAAGGAAUUCAUGUGUUGGUAUCCAGCUUUUCUUGAAAUUGCCGUUAGCAAUUAGGCACUUGACUUGCUGGAAAAAUCCCUUCUGAAGAACUGUGAUUUUUAUUCCAAAAUCUAAAAAUGAAUUAUCUUUCUUCUGCUUCCCUGUUUACCUUGAGCAAGGCUUGCCAAGUUACCAAAAAGUUAGAGUUUGCUACUGGAUUAAUACAAUAUGGUAGAUUUUGUGAAUAAUAGCAGUAUUCUCUCAUGAAGAAGUGGUAUAUUUUAAUGGAAUUCUUUUUUUGGAACCAAGUGCAACGUAUUGCAAUUGAUAUUUCUCCUGAAACAUUUUGACAUACUUGUGACUGUAUUUCUUUUUGAUUGUGUAACGGUAUAAAAUUCAAUAAAAGAGAGGGUUUGUUUCUAAUAUGU